AUGUGUGUUAUGGAUGCAGCAUGGCAUCCAUCACAACUUUUCGGCGAAAAUAUUCCUAGGCUAAGCAAACAAUUGCGCUACUACACACUCACCUUACUGCGACUGGCUGUGUUGUGCUAUUCUGCCAACAUUCGACGUUACAAAUUGCAAUAUUUUGUUUCUUUUCCACCUAAAUACCAGAACUUGAGACAUGGGACUUUUCCAUCUUGCCAACUGCCUGGCUUUGGCUACUGGACCACAUUUAUUAGUGUAUAA